UAUUUAUCAUCUCUGUGGCGAACAAGGUUAUGUUCCUUACAUUCUUAUCAUAUUAUCAUUUCUUUCUUGAAAACCUUUUGAAUUGAAAGUUUAUCUUGAGGAUUAAAUUUGGAAAUUAAGAAAAACGUCUGAAAUUUGAGUGAAAAAAUAAAGACCAAUGGCAGCUCGUGCGAUUAAAUUUGGAUCUCAUCUAAAGGAACUAAGGCUUCAUUUAUGCCAAACUGGGGAAACUAGUAAAGGAGUAAGGGACUUCAUUCAGAAUCACUAUGUCUCAUUGAAAUCCGCCAAUCCACUUUUCCCUAUUCUUGUCCGAGAAGCAAGUGGAGUUGAGCCUCGACUAUACGCCAGAUAUGAAUUUGGCAAAGAAACUCACACGUCACUAGCAAAUUUACCUGCUGAGCAAGUUAUGGCUAAAAUUGAGCAAGCUGCAAACUCAAAAUAAAAAUGAGAGAACCCAACUCCAACAAAGUAGAGUGUAAGAUCUUUUUUUUUUUCUUGUUGUAAAUUAUACUGUUUUAUUGUUAAAAAUUUCCCUUACUGUAGAUACUAGUUCUUUAAAAAUAAAACCCCUUACUCUCAAA